AUGAAGAUAUCCAUCACCUUCCAAGCUGAUCCGCAGGGAGCCCGGAUCGAGCAGAGCAGCCACCCGCCGGGGCCCGGAGCUCCCCUCCAGCAGCUACGGAUAUUCCGGGAUAUUCCGGAUACUCGGAAAGCCUCAAAAUAUCCCACAGGCUCAGGCAAACGGGCCCAGGUGGGGUGGCAGCAGCCAGAACCACCCAGCUACCUGUCACAGCGCGGUGGCUGCCGAGGACCAAACGAGGAGUCGGAGCGGCGCUCCGAAACGGAUGAAUUCCGGCUCUCCGACUGCUGCAGCUCCCUGCGCCUUAGUGUGGUUGUCUUUGGAAGGAAGCUGACGUCCUUCUCCGCGAUAGCGCUGAACCAGCUGCAGCACGAGAAGAAGUAUGACAUCUAUUUCACGGAUGGAAAUGUUUACGCGCUGUACAGGAAGCUGCUGCAGCACGAAUGCUCCGUGUGCCCGGACGCGAGGCCGUUCAGCACCUUUGCAGAUCUGGAGCAGCACAUGAGAAAGCAGCAUGAACUCUUCUGUUGCAAACUCUGUGUUAAGCAUUUAAAGAUAUUUACGUAUGAACGGAAAUGGUAUUCUCGUAAGGACCUUGCCCGCCAUCGAAUCCACGGAGAUCCGGAUGACACCUCUCAUCGUGGCCAUCCCCUCUGUAAAUUCUGCGACGAGCGUUAUUUGGAUAAUGACGAGUUGCUGAAACACCUAAGACGAGAUCAUUAUUUUUGUCAUUUCUGUGACUCUGAUGGUGCUCAGGAGUACUACAGCGACUACGAGUACCUGCGGGAGCACUUCCGCGAGAAGCACUUCCUCUGCGAGGAGGGCCGCUGCAGCUCGGAGCAGUUCACGCACGCCUUCCGCACCGAGAUCGACUACAAGGCGCACAAGACGGCGUGCCACAGCAAGAGCCGCGCCGAGGCGCGCCAGAACCGCCACAUCGACCUGCAGUUCAGCCUCGCGCCGCGCCACCAGCGCCGGAGCGACGGUGUUAUAGGUGGAGAGGACUACGAAGAAGUGGACAGAUUUAACAGGCAGGGCAGGUCGGGCAGGCUCAGCAGCCGAGGAAGUCAGCAAAACAGAAGAGGCAGCUGGAGAUACAAGAGGGAAGAAGAGGACAGAGAUGUUGCAGCAGCAGUCAGGGCAUCUGUUGCAGCUAAACGGCAAGAAGAGAAAAAACGGGUAGAAGAUAAAGAUGACAGCAGCAUCAGCAGGGCUAAAAAGGAGGAACUGAGGGAUUUGGAAGUACCCAGCUCCAAACGUGUGCCAAAGUCUUCAAAUGAUGCUACAGAAGCAGCUGCUAAUGGUGCUUUAUGCCAAGAUGACUUUCCAGCAAUUGGUGCAGCAGUGGGACCUCUACAGGGCUCUGCCCAGCUGGCGCCAGUUAAGCUUAAGGAAGAAGACUUCCCAAGCUUGUCAUCUUCUGCAGCACCCAUCUCUUCUGGGAUGUCUCUGACAUACAUAGCUAGUGCAAAGAAAACAGCUUUUCAAGAGGAGGAUUUUCCAGCUCUGGUGUCCAAAAUGAGGCCUAACAAAACAGUAACUAGCAUCACAUCUGCAUGGAACAACGGUUCCAGUAAAAGUGUGGUCAAAGCCAUUAGUAGCCCCAGUGCAAACCAGAUAGCCAAAAAGCCACCAUCCUUGAACAGCAGUAAAGGAAGCAAGAAGAGCAAUAAACUCUCUCUGUCAGAUGAUGAAGACGGUGGCAGUGGCUUGACAACCCAGGAGAUCAGAAACACGCCGACUAUGUUUGAUGUAUCGUCCUUGCUGGCAGCUUCUACCUCACAAACUUUUACGAAAGUGAGCAAGAAAAAGAAGAUGGGGGCUGAGAAGCAGAGACCAUCGUCCCCACAGCUCUUGCAGGAUACGUCUUUUCCCAAGGCACCUGCUGAAAAGCUGCCAGGAGCAGAGCAGACAGCAAAUGCUUCCUCUGCCCUUCACGGCCCUGACAGAUCUGCAGCCGUCGUGAACGGUCACUCGGAAAAAUCCUUAGCAACCUGCAGCACCCCCAAAGAGCCCCCUGGCCUUAAAAAGCCCACAGUGACUAACCCAUGCCCUUUACCUCAGGAAGACUUCCCAGCUCUUGGGAGCUCAGGAUCAGCUCGGAUGCCUCCGCCACCAGGCUUUAACACUGUGGUGCUAUUAAAGAGUCCUCCUCCACCCCCAGGACUGUCGGUGCCUGUUAGCAAACCCCCUCCAGGCUUUGCUGUUAUUCCUUCCACCAAUGUCCCUGAACCUGUCACUACAUCCUUGAAAGAACCAAAAUCCUGUCAUGGAUCAUACUUGAUACCUGAAAACUUUCAGCAAAGGAAUAUUCAGCUAAUACAAUCUAUUAAAGAAUUUCUUCAGAGCGAUGAAUCUAAGUUCAAUAAAUUUAAAACUCAUUCUGGGCAAUUCAGACAGGGGCUGAUUUCUGCAGCGCAGUAUUACAAGAGUUGCCGAGACCUACUUGGGGAUAACUUCAAGAAAAUCUUCAAUGAGUUGUUGGUGUUGUUGCCAGACACGGAUAAGCAACAAGAACUGCUUUCUGCUCACAACGACUUCAAAAUCAAGGAGAAGCAAAGCUCAAACAAACCCAAAAAGAACAAAAAGAAUGUCUGGCAGACGGACUCCAGCUCUGACCUCGACUGCUGCAUCUGCCCCACGUGUAAGCAAGUGCUCACUCAGCAGGACGUUGUCACUCAUAAAGCUUUGCAUAUUGAGGACGAGGAAUUCCCUUCCUUGCAGGCAAUCAGCAGAAUCAUCAGUUAGCUUUCCUGAAGACCAAUAAAAGAGUCUCAACCCACGAAUAUGCACUUUUUGGAAUGAGGUUUGGCAGUGUAGUGUGGCUGGGAGCCGGUGCCACUUGAGUAACACGCAGGUAACUGUUAGAGAGCCCCUCGGU